AUGAUGACGCGCGCAUCAACGCCUCCAAUUCUUCUGCAACUUCAGACGGCGGAUACCCCUUUGACCCAAGCGGCCGCCCUGCGGAGCCUAAAGAAUGAAACAAUUGGACAUGACCAGCGCAAAGAAACCUGGAUCCGAUGGGGUAUCGUUCCCACUAUCGCCAAACUACUCCUCGCACACCACCCCAGCACAAAGAGCACGGCGAUCUCUGAACUCAAUGGAGAUUUUUCGGGUCGUGGGGUAUCCACCUCGAGGUCAGAGGCAGAUGAGGUUUGUUUACAGGCAAUAAUCAUUCUGGGUAGUCUAGUACAAGGUGGUGCAUCGUUUAUUUCGCCAAUUCUUGCCAGUGACAUACCCACGGUUCUUCUAUCUAUCCUCUGUUCGCAUGACUGCUCUCCCUCUUUCAUGGUUCCCGUCCUUCGAACUUUGAACAACAUCGCCGAUCGACUACCGCUGCAGAGUCAGCUGCCAGGCCCCAAGGAUACCAAGUUGGCCGAUUUACUCUUCUCGAGCGAAUAUGUUGGCUGUCUCUCGCGCAUCAUUGCGCAGAAUUACGAUUCACAUGAGAAGCAGAUGGCUAUCGAGCUGGCUGCAGCUCUUGUUGGGAAAUUAUGCACGGAAGAAGCUCACAAGGCACUGUUGGCCGAGUGUGGGGUGCUGGAUGCCUUGGCUGUGAAAGUGGCCUCUUUCAUCGUUGCACAAGGCUUCGUUUUGCCGGGUGCAGAGGCGCAUGUGCAGGAGCCAGGAGCUCUUGGGUCACUUCCUCUGGCUCCACCCCCAGGAGCCAAACUAGCUCCAAUCCUUCGCGCUGUCACCGUAAUCAUUGAGCAUUCUAAGUGGCGGGCGGAGCACUUCCUAUCGUCUCCGGGGAUUAUCACGGUAUUCCCGAAGCAAGUACCCGAGUUUGCCCCGUCAGAUAUAAAGAAAGGCCCAUGGGGCUCGACGUAUCUGUCAGGGUCUGCAGUACCUCGUCAUGCUGGGGCAAGCCCCCUGGAAUACCUCCUGCCAUCUGUCCCAUUAUCACAAAACAAAGCGUCAACGAGCACAGUCAAUUUUCCGCCCUUAGGACACCAGGGCCCUCGUCGCCGCCACAGCCAGUCAUUUCCCACCCCGCUCUCAGCUUUCGAGGCCCCAGGCUCUGAGGAUGAUGAAAACGCCCUCAUCCCCUGGCUUCUCUAUGUGAUCCGUGCUGAAAGUGGCAUGACACGGCUAAUGGCAGCUCGUCUUAUCACCGUUUUGUUCCGUCGAGGCCUUACUAAGAAACAUCGGGUCUCGAUGCUGUGUUACUUGCUAAUCCCCAUCCUUAUCCGGAUGAUGGACAAAGAUAAAGAGUUGGCGUGUGAUGAUGACGUCCAGUAUGGCGGCCUGAUCUCUUCGUCCGAUCGUCUGCGAGAAGAAGCCCCUGCGGUACUAGCCACCUUAGUCAUGGAUGACCAAGAACUGCAGAGACAUGCGGCCGACGGGGGAGCCAUCAAGCGACUGUCUCAGCUGCUGAAAGAGACCUAUAAUCCAAUCCACGAGAAGGCGAAGGCUAUGUGGCAUGCUGAAGGGGAGGAAGCUGAGGGUCCAGGCUUGCAGUCGGCAGAAUACAGGCUCGGCAAUCCUGGAUUUUCGCCCAUCCAUUGUCAUGUCAUGCGAUACCGGGAGAACAUCCUAAAGGCGCUGGCAGCAUUGGUUCCGUUUAAGGACGAAUACCGCAAAGCGGUCUGCGAGAAUGGGGUAGUGCCGUAUAUUAUCGAUUCGCUCAAACCAUGCUCGACAGAUCCACCGUCAGAGACUUCGAACGCUAGAAAUACUGCUGCGGAUGGCAAUCCUACGCCGACUUUGCUGGCUGCCUGUGGUGCGGCGCGGAUGCUCACUCGGUCCGUCAGCGUUUUGAGAACCAGCCUGAUAGAUGCCGGUGUAGCGACCCCCCUUUUUGUCUUGAUUCGCCACCCCGACAUUGAAGUCCAGAUAGCCGCCACGUCAGUGAUCUGUAACCUUGCACUAGACUUUAGCCCAAUGAAAGAGGCCAUCAUCUCCGCCGAAAUCCUCCCCAUCCUAUGCGAGCAUGCCCACUCGAACAACACAAAACUACGCAUUGAAUCACUGUGGGCGUUGAAACAUGUCGCCUAUAACUCCACGAAUGAUGUUAAGGUCAAGAUAAUCAAUGGCCUGGGGCCCAGCUGGAUCAAGCAAGUGAUCAUGCAAGACCUAACAAGUGUUUUGGCCAAACGGGGAAUGGACGAAGAUUUGGAUGGCAACUCGGCAGGCAUGAGUAGAGCCAACUCGGCGGGCGAACAGGUGGAUUUGUUAAAUCCGGUCGAAGACUCGCAGGCCCGUGAUGAGGAUAUGAAAAUGUCCGACACAUUACCUCCCUCGAAGAUGAGCCUCGAAAUGUUCCUCCCCGAUGUCACCCGGCGGCGCAAACUUGCAUUGCAUGGAGACCUAGAUCAAACCACGCAGGCUCGGCAGGACGACAUCGCGGUGCAAGAACAGACCUUUGACAUGAUCCGCAAUCUCGUCUGCGGGCCUGGAUCCUCGGAGAUGAUUGACCACCUGUUUACGGAAAUUGGACAGGAUCUGAUGUUAGAUGCCCUGUCGGAUAAGCUCCGACCGCGCACGAUUCAGCUUCCGCACCGACGAGACUCGUCCGCCCACCGAGCGCUUCAGGUCCCGACCGAAAUCCUGGUCGCCGUGACAUACGUAAUCAUCCACCUUGCUGCGGGUCUCCCAUGGCAUCGCCAACUCCUGGUUUCGCACCGAGACCUUUUACGGCAUCUCAUGUGCUAUUUCAACCAUGCCAACCGCGAUGUGCGGACGAACUGUGUCUGGGUGGUGAUCAACCUGACGUACGAAGAUGACGCAGGCGACCGAGAAGGCUGUCGAGAACGAGCCUUCAAACUACGUUCGAUUGGAGUGACGGAUCGGUUGGCCAGCUUGGAGGACGAUCCGGAUCUCGACGUGCGAGAACGCACCAAAACAGCCCAGCAUUUGGUAAAUUCUUUGACGCAUCCGUAG